AUGCGUCUCUCUGGACCGCCAUCGCCCCUUCGCUCUGGCUGCAGCGGCACCUGCAGGGCCCUCUCUCGCCCUCGUCCUCCUCUUCGUCUUGUAGUGCGACCCCCACGGAGCUCUGACUCUGCUGCUGCUGCUGCUGCUGCUGCUGCUGCUGCUGCUGCUGCUGCUGCUGCUGCUGCCUCCAUUGAUCGUGCACUGUGCCACUCUCUCUCUCGUAAACCGGUGCUUCUGAUCCCGCUCCGCUUGUGCGUGCUGGUCCUGCUGCUGCUGAUCCCCAUCCGCUCGCGCUUUCCCCCGCUCCUCCUGGCCUGGCUCGCUCGCUCAUUCGCUCCUCCAGUGCUGCCGUCCAUCUUUGGCGGCAUGACUGCGCUCAAAGUUCCGUCUCCGAUCCACUCGCAUCCCCUCGUUCCUACCGACUUGGAUCCGUCCCUUCCCUGCCUCUUCCACCCCGACUUCCCUGGAUGCCCCGCUCAACACCGUCUCCGCUCCUUCUCGGAUAGCUGCCCCCAAAACACCAUCCCUAUCACCACCACCAUCACCACUACCACCAUCACGACCUCCUUGCCUAUUCUCGCCUCCUGA